AUGUGUGUGUUUUGUUUUUUUUUUUUUCUUUGUUUUUUCCCCAUAGAGUGCUUUGUAUGUGUGUUUUUGGUCAGGGUGAGUGUGUGUGUGUGUGUGUUUUUGGUCAGCAGAAAUGUGUGUGUGUGUUUGUUUGGUCAGGGUGCUUGCUACCGCAGCACAUAUACUAAAAUUGGAACAAUACUGAGAAGAUUAGCAUGGCCCCUUGCGCAAGAACGACAUGCAAAAUCAUCAGUGAGUGUGUGUGUGUUUUUGGUCAGGGUGUGUGUGGGUGUGUCAGUGUUUCCACUGAGCAGAAGAAGCGAGUCGUAUUUGUGCCGCGCUGUUAUAGUAAUAGGAAUGCGGCAGACCUGCUGUGAUGAUGACAUCAUGAUGCACCUGGAGGCGGAGUCUGAAGGUGAUGCUGUACAUCUUUAUUGUCCAGUCACAGAGACAGUAUGAUAAGCGCCGCCCUCUGUCCUGAGCAUGUUGCAAAACUUAGUUACAGCUUUACCUCUGACUGUUACAAAGCGGUGACACUGGAGACUCCUUCCAUAAAUGUUAGAAAAAUUACAGAAAACUUCAACAUAGUAACGAUUACACACGUUUUUAAUUCGUUUAUGUGGCGUGUUUGAGGCCCUGUGAAUGAGCUGUUUCUAUAGAAACGAUAACGUAUUAGAAAGAGCACAUUAAUAUAAACCUGUGAUUUGCAGCUGCACUACUGUCAGAGCUGCUGUUAUGGAAAUUAAUCAACACCUUCUGACCAGUCACAAUCCAGUAUUCAGUAGCAUCACACUGUAUUUUGAAGCCUCUGCAGUAAUGAAUGUGAUUAUUCUAACAUACAGUCAAUAUUAUACAGGCAAUGUUUCUACACUUUUUUUUUAAAUAAAUGAGCACAUUUCUUCAUCAUUCUUAUCACAUAAACAUUAACGAUUAAAGAUGAAUCUUUAAUGUCAGUUUUUUUAUUUGUAUUUAUUAUCAUAUACACCGAUCAGCCAUAACUUAUGACCACCUGCCUAAUAUUGUGUUGGUCCCCUUUUUGCUGCCAAAACAGCCCUGACCCGUCGAGGCAUGGACUCCACUAGAUCCCUGAAGGUGUGCUGUGGUAUCUGGCACAAAGACGUUAACAGCAGAUCCUUUAUGUCCUGUAAGUUGCGAGGUGGGGCCUCCAUGGAUCGGACACCCCACAAAUGUUCGAUUGGAUUGAGAUCUGGGGAAUAUGGAGGCCAAGUCAACACCUUGAACUCUUUGUCAUGUUCCUCAAAUCAUUCCUGAACAAUACGCAGCAAGCUGCGAUGCACUGUGUGUUCUGACACCUCUCUAUCAUAGCCAGCUUUAACUUUUCAGCAAGUUGUGCUACAAUAGCUCUUCUGUGGGAUCAGACCAGACGGACUAGCCUUCACUCCCCACGCGCAUCAGUGAGCCUUGGGCGCUCAUGACCCUGUCGCUAGUUCACCGGUUGUCCUUCCUUGGACCACUUUUGGUAGGUAAUAACCACUGCGUACCGGGAACACCCCACAACACCUGCCGUUUUAAAGAUGAUCUGACCCAGUCAUCUAGCCAUCACAGUUUGGCCGUUGUCAAAGUCUCUCUAAUUCUUACGCUUGCCCAUUUUUCCUGUUUCCAACACAUCAACUUUGAGAACCGACUGGUCACUUGCUGCCUAAUAUAUCUCAACCCUUGACAGGCGCUAUUGUAACGAGAUAAUAUUAUUCACUUCACCUGUCAGUGGUCAUAAUGUUAUGGCUGAUCGGUGUAUGUGUUAGUUUAAUAAUGCUAAAUUUCUCUCUUCUCAAACCUCAGAUAUGCUAAUUAUUAGAGGAUGACCUACAGGACCACCUUCUCAAGCUAACUUGAUAGCUAACUCAGCUAAUAGUGAUGAACAGAUGGUGGUUGUCAUGGUAAUGCUGCAAUGAGAACAGCUGUGAUAUUGAUAUCCAACAGUCUAAUGUGAGAUAGUUUAUGUUAGCUAAUGUUAGUGAUAUGGGGUUAAAAGGGGUGGCAGGAGCGCAUGGGGUCGUUUCCAAAUUUGCAUAUUCAUGCAUAUUUAUAGCUCCUGGUAAUGAGGCUGAAGGUGUAGAGAUAACUAGGGUUUAUUCUUGUGUAUUAAAAGCAUAAUAAAGAUUUAUUUCUACACAGAUUAACCUGACACCUUCAGGUGGAUUUUAAAACUACAAUCAUAAUGCUAACAUCACAUGCUAAUUUGCAGAAGCUAUUUUUCACCAAUGGAAACCAUGUGUCCGAAUUCAACCAUUGCACAGACAUGUUGCAUAAACAGUGACAGUUUUAAGGGAGCUUCCCAGCAGACGGCUGUGAAUAAAGAACAGCGUGUGUGUGUGUGUGUGUGUGUGGUUUGUGUCAGAUUUGAGAAGUUUCAAAACUUCCUGUUUUUGCACCUGAUCUCUAAAAUGAGAACAGGAAGCAGAGCAGGAGCUGAAAACAUCAGCACUCGUAACACGCUGUAACUCUCGUUGCACUUAAUCACACUUCUUGGUGUUCCUCUCAGCACCAAGUGAAGAAACGAUGAGUGACUCUGUGGAGAAAAGUUCAGACUCUCCUGCGCAGAUGGAAAGUUCUGGAGCUGGUGGACUGUUGAACCUCUCUCUUCACAAGAAGCUGGAUGACGAGAGUGUGAUCUUUAAUGACUCAAGUCUCUCAGAGCAGAUCCACGCUGAGCUCCAGGGUCUGCGUCUGGACCACUGCCUCACCGACGUUGUCCUCUGCGUCCAGGAUGAGAAGUUCUCUUGCCACAGAGCCAUCCUUGCUGCUGCCAGCUUGUAUUUCAGAGCAAUGUUCUGUACGGACCUGCGAGAGAAAUAUGAACAGUGCGUGAACAUUCAGGGAAUCGAUGCAGAGGACAUGAAGAUGCUGCUGGACUACACAUACACUAGUAAAGUACACAUCACCAAAGACAACGUCCAGAAAACUCUGGAGGCAGCCAGUCUCUUCCAGUUCCCGCGGGUGAUGGAGGCAUGCGCUCAUUUCCUGGCUGAGUCACUCCACCCAGAGAACUGUGUUGGGAUUCUGCGUCUGGCUGACACACAUUCGCUGGUGGAGCUGAAGGCUCGUGUGCAUGAGUACAUCAUGCAGAACUUCGGGCGUGUGGUGGAGCAUGAUGAGGUUCUGGAGCUGCCGCUGGACGUGCUGGUGGAGCUGUUGCGGAGAGAUGAGCUGGCCGUGAGCAAUGAGGAGUGUGUGUACGAGGCGGCCAUGCACUGGGUGAAGGCGCGUCAAGCCGAGCGCCUGCCCUCGCUGGCCCGGGUUCUCACACACGUGAGACUCCCACUGCUAGAACCCUGCUACUUCCUGGAGAAGGUGGAGAGUGACGCCAUGAUCCGCUCCUGCACCGAGGUAUUCCCACUUUUACAGGAGGCUCGAGCUUAUCACCUGUCUGGCAGCGAGGUGAUUUCAGAGCGCACUAAGCCCCGCCUCCAUCAGUACCAGUCGGAGGUGUUUGUGAUCAUCGGUGGCUGCACUAAAGAUGAGAAGUUUGUUUCGGAAGUGACAUGUCUGGACCCCCUACGCCGGAGUCGCCUGGAGGUGGCCAAACUGCCCGGCACUGACACCGAGUCUGAGAGUGACACCAGGAAGUGGGUGGAGUUCGCCUGCGUCACCUUCAGAAAUGAAGUGUAUCUCUCAGGUGGUAAAGAGACGCAGCAUGAUGUGUGGAAGUACAACGCUUCGCUGAAUAAGUGGAUCCAGGUGGAGUACCUGAGCAUGGGACGCUGGAGGCACAAGAUGGCAGUGUCGGGGGGGAAGGUUUACGUGAUGGGGGGAUUUGAUGGUGUUCAGAGACUCAGCAGUGUGGAGGCAUAUGACCCCUUCCACAACAGCUGGACAGAGGCUGCUCCUCUGCUAAUCGCCGUCAGCUCGUUUUCUGCUGCUAGUUAUGGCAAUUGCGUCUUUGUCAUUGGAGGUGGACCAAAUGGAAAACUGGCCACCAACAGCUUGCAGUGUUUUGAAGCAGCAGUGAAUAAAUGGACAUUAAAAAGCCCGAUGCCCAUCGAAGCUAAAUGCACUAACGCUGUAACGUUCAGGGACUCCAUCUACGUCGUGGGCGGAGCGAUGAAGGCGUUGUUCAGCUACAGUCCAGGCAUGGACGUGUGGACGUUGGUCACUCAGCUGGGCAGUGAGCGUGCGAGUUGUGGGCUCUCAGCGUGCUGUAAUAAGCUCUUCAUCACCGGGGGGAGGGACGACAAGAACGCUGUCAUCGCCACGGUUCUGUGCUGGGACCCGGACAAGAACACACUGACGGAGGAGUGUGUGCUGCCCCGCGGCGUCUCCCAUCAUGGCAGUGUGACGCUCAGGAAGUCCUACACACACAUCCGCAGGAUCGCACCCACACACACCGAGUGAGGUCAUCUUCACGUUUACACAUGAAAACCAACGGAGAACCCAAAACACUGCACAGCUCUGAC